UUUCCGAUAGUUCGAACAAGUCAGAGCAACUGACAGCUCGCAAGUUUAAUAUAUUUCAUUUUUGAUACCCGUGUAUUAUAACUUUGUGCCGGCAGGAAAUAUAUAGGUAAUUCUCUGAAGCUGUAAUCAAAUGGAAGCAAUUGAGGACUCACUACAUCGGGCAAAGGUGCAGCAGCUACGUGCUUGGGCUCCCUUUGUCGAGCAAUUGAUGACGAUCUUUAGGCAUGAAAUGACCGAAGAUCAGUGGACAAAAUGGAAAAACCUGGAGAGCGACAUGUCGUCGGCGAUGCUUGCAGGCUAUUCCGAGUCCAGGCUGUCAAGACUGGAGACUCAGCUUAACGAAGCCAAGGCCAAAUAUGAUAGUUUAUAUCAUCAUACCCAAUUGAUCGUAAUGGAUGACGAUCAGCCAACUAGUUCGCGUUGGCAGCCAACUAGAAAACUGCGUGUGCGUGUUGCACGUUGUGCGCAAUUGGAGAAAAUGCUCGCUGACACCCUAGGCAUGCCACCAACUCGGCCGGACGAGGAGGAGAUACUUGUGAUCAACGAGUGCAAGCUGGAACAAAGCGAAUAUAUGCUAAGCUCUUCACAGGCUGAGCGACUUGAACGCGCUACGAUACCGCCUGCAGAGGCAAAGCCAUUAAAUUCAAUUAAAACAUCUCUAAAAUUUAAAUAA